AUGGCAUUUCCCACGGCGCUGUGUGCCUCGUGGCGCUGUGCCUUGCGCCGCGGCGCCUCGUUUGGGCGUCAACGAGGGGUGCUGCUGGGGGCGCAGCUGGCGUUGAGCCAAAGGCAACGAGAAUGGGCCGAGAAGGCCAUGGAAGGUGAGCCGCUCACUGCUGAGCAUUGGAUCGACCUGGCAGAAGCAGCGCUGGAGAAAGCAGCGCAGCUGCCCUGCCAGGACGUGCUGGUGCUGCUGAGUGCCCUGGACCGGCAGGCUGAGGACUUGAGCGUCACGCUGGUCUUGGCAGCCAGGCUGACGGUUCUGGCGCCGACCAUGGCGCUUGAAGAGAUACUGGACGCAUGGCAGUUGCUGAUGCGGCAGCCUCCUGCGGUGCGGAAGAAGGUGACGGUGAUGAGAGCGCUGGAGGAAUUGGAGCUGAGCUUGAGGCAGUGUCCUUUGGACGCCACCGGCUUGACCCAAACCCUGGCGUGUCUGGCUGCUGGUGGCGCCACCCGACCUGAGCUGCUGCAGCGUCUGGCGCGGCAAGCGCUGGAGCUGAGAGAUCUGGGAUACCAGGAGAUGGUGGCCAUUGAAACCUACUUUGAGGCACUUGGAGGGUUGCAAGAGCCUUUAGAUGAGCUGUUGCGGCAGAGAAAAGUGCUGUUUCUCAAAGAGGCGCCCCUGCCUGCGUUGCUGAGGGCUUUGGAGGCGCAGCCGGCGGCGCCUCUGCUGGAGGCCUUGGUCCAACGGCUCGAGGCUCUGGGGGAUGAC